UGCCCCAUCAUUGGUGUCAGUGGGAGGAAUAGUGCCCCAUCAUUGGUGUCAGUGGGAGGAAUAGUGCCCCAUCAUUGGUGUCAGUGGGAAGAAUCGUGCCCCAUCAUUAGUGUCAGUGGGAGGAAAAGUGCCCCAUCAUUGGUGUCAGUGGGAAGAAACGUGCCCCAUCAUUGGUGUCAGUAUAGGAAUAGUGCCCCAUCAUUGGUGUCAGUGGGAAGAAUCGUGCCCCAUCAUUGGUGUCAGUGGGAGAAAUAGUGCCCCAUCAUUGGUGUCAGUGGGAGGAAUAGUGCCCCAUCAUUGGUGUUAGUGGGAGGAAUAGUGCCCCAUCUUUGGUGUCAGUGGGAGGAAUAG